AUGCUCGAUUCCCGUCCUCUGCGAGUAGUCGAAACACCUGUCCUUUGGGCGCAGAGAAAGAAACGACAUGUAAGGGUAAUUGGUGGCGUGGAGACAGAAAAGGGUAUGCAUCCAUGGCAAGUGAAUAUUCAAAGAAAGAAACGAGGACGGAUGCGACAUUGGUGUGGUGGUACAAUUAUCAAUAAAGAGUGGAUACUGAGUGCUGCACACUGUUUUGAUGAUUAUGUACGGACAUACGAUGGUUUGAGUCGUAAAUUUAAUAUAAAGGACAUACGGGUUAUUGUUGGAGACCAUGAUCUAACGAAACAUGAUGAAUAUGAAAAAAUGUUUGAAGUUGAAUAUAUUGUGAGACACUGGAAUUACACAGAUUUCAACGGAAAAUACAAUAACAACGACAUAGCAUUGCUUAAAGUAAAAUCAACCAGUGGCAUUGUAUUCAAUGACUUCAUACAGCCAGCUUGUUUGCCAGACGAUUUGACUCUGCUUCUAUCUGAAACAAAAUGCGAAGUGUCCGGCUGGGGAAAGAAAAAUUUCCUUGGCGAAAUAUCAGACAAAUUAAAGGCAGUGGAGGUACCAAUCAUUCCAGGUCACGUUUGUCAAAGUAACUACAACAAAUAUUCCAUUGAUUUUGAAAAAGUGAUAUGUGCCGGUGAUACCACAGCUGAUGCAUGCCUGGGGGACUCUGGAGGACCUCUCAUUUGUAAUAUCAACGGUCUUAGUACGGUGAUUGGCAUAACUUCCUGGGGUGAGGGCUGUAGUCAAAAGGAUUCCCCUGGUGUCUACACGAAGGUAUCGGCGUAUAUUAAAUGGAUAAAUGAACAAAUUUCCAACCACAGAUUAGAAGCAAAAUGCGCAAAACCGAAGCAGGUGAAAAAUGCAGUACUCAGAGACGAAUACGCCAAUAAAGAAAAGUUUAAAGAAGGAGAUAAUGUAGAGUAUGAUUGUGAGCUUGGAUACACGAUAGAAGGUAUAACAAUGGAAAGGUGGUGCAAAAAUACCAAAUGGACAGACGUUCGCUUUACAUGCAAGCAAAUAACAUGUCCAUGGGUACCGCAUCCCGAUAAUGGACGUCAUCUUGAUACCACUUACGCUAUAGGGGAUGUUAUGAAAUUUGAGUGUAACACCGGUUAUAAGUUAAAAGGGCAUGACGCAAUCCUGUGCAGGAAAGAUGGUCAAUGGAGUCCGCCACAGGGACCUACUUGUGACCCAAUACUAUGUCCAGCUCUACCUCAGAUUCAGCAUGGCAGUAUUUUCCAAGAUACAAGUGAUGGCCUUGCAAAUAACUAUGAAAGCGUUGCUGAUUACACCUGUGAUCGGGACUAUUACCUGAACGGCAAUACACAGCUUAAAACAGUUCAAAGAACGUGUCAGUCUGAUGGAAAAUGGAGUGGCAAAGAACCAAUUUGUGAAGUGCCAAAAUGCAAUUUGAUAGAGGAUUUUUAUGGAGGUAGUGUAGAAUACUUUGGCAAAAGGGAUCUCUAUUCGCAAGCAUUUUACAGUUGUGACGAAAAUUACUCUAUGAUACCAAGCAAUGUUCAGCAUUCUACGUGUGAAAAUAAUCUACGAUGGGAACCCCCACCUCCAAAGUGUUACAAACAAGCAGAUAUUUAUAUUCCAAAUAAUGGGUAUUUGAGGGGAUGGAAAAAAGGCAAAGUUUUGCACGAUGAAUCAUACAAAAUCUGCUGCCGUCGUGGCUUUGAGGUUGAAAAAGAUGAUAUUGUACCAGUUAAUAAGGAAUCAUGUUCAGAUAUCAGGAACAACAAUGGAACACUAGAACCAAAAGUGGAAUGUGUCGAAGGUUCCUGUAGACUUCCUGAAACUGAAAAUAUGGCAAAGUUAAACAAUCCAAGAACCUAUUAUGCUAUUGGCGAAAGAGUUCGCGAUUUCACGUGUAGUCCUGGACAUUUUUUAUCAUCCGAUAAGGGAAUGACAUGCCAGAAUAAUGGAACAUGGACAGAUGCAAUCACGUGUUUAAAAGGAUGCAAACUUCCUGAGGACGAACGAUACACGUUUUGGGACAUGAACGGAGAUGAAAUCAAACCGGGAGAUAAUAUUGUUGCUGGGGAUGCAUUGACGGUGAAAUGUAGAUUUACUGACAUGUACUCAUACAUAGUGUAUGACUACGAUUACUAUGAUAAUGAUACGACUGCUGAUGAUAUAACAAUUGUUUGCAAGGAUGAUCAUACAAUGACAAAAAUAACAAAAGAAUGUCCUGAUGCGACAAAAGGUGAAAGCUGUCUGCAGAUUGAUAACGGAAAUGUAAGUAUAUCAAACAGCUACUACGUUGUGUCCUGUGAUAAGGGAUUCUCAUUAGAUAUUUUUGAGCCAGAGGAAAAAAGGAGCAAUUGUAUUGACGGCAAAUUAAAAAGUGUAAUCGGAGGUCAGGAACCAAAAUGUAUACCAGAUCGUUGUAAAGUACCAUACGACUAUGACACACUUCUGUCAAUAUCUGACAGAUAUCGUGUCAGUCUCUCUGGAGGUUCUGUUGUUGAGGUGGGGGACUUUGUUUACUUCAACUGUUCAAAGGCAGGAGAUGAUAUAUACGAACCUGUUAAUAGAAGAUUCAAGUGUAUAAACGGCGAGUGGAUUGAGGAUGAACGAGAUAAAUCGUGGAAGUUUGGAAAUAACGGGACUUUUCCGAAAUGCAGGAAAGCAAACUGUGAACCGGUGUGUCAAAAUGGUGGUGUUUGUUUGAGGGACGAUCAAUGUGCAUGCAAGCAUUUUACAUCUGGAAAACGUUGUGAAAAUGUUAUAUGUGACGAUGAAUGCUAUGCUAAUCAAGGCGAGUGUGUUGGUCCUCGAAAAUGCAAAUGCCCGGAGGGUAAAACUGGAACUCACUGUGAACAAAGUUUCUGUAGACUUCCUGAAAAUAAAGAUAUGGCGAUUCUAAUCACUCAAAGAACCUAUUUUGCUAUUGGCGAAACAGUUCGCACUUUUAUGUGUGAUUCUGGUCAUUUUCUAUCAUCUGAUCAGGGAAUGACGUGCCAGAGUGAUGGAUCAUGGUCAGAUAUAAUAACUUGUGUUGAAGGUAAACGGUACCUUAUCAGUACGAAAACGGGAGAACGUAUCGGUGCCGGUACAGAUGCCGUGGUUCACAUUACUUUGUUUGGCUCUAAAGACAUGACAAAAAAAAUAUACUUUGUGGGAAAAUUUGAAUCUGGUGACGUCGACGAGAUCGGAAAAGUUGAGAGAGAUAUAGGACCUAUACAAAGUGUACAGAUCGGACAUGAUGGUGGACGAUGGCAUGAUAUCUUAUCUGAUUGGGACCUCGAAUAUGUAUCAAUAUAUGUUGAAAAUAUGGAGGAAUUUUAUGUUUUUAGAAAUAUUGAACAACAAUGGGUAAAGGAAGGAAAUGAUCUGACUUUGCACAAAAAAGAAUUCAACUACAGAUGCCUUUCGUGUCAUGAAUUACUCUCUGCUUAGAGCACCCUUAAGUACCAGGUACACUAGCUUAACUUUGAUUGGAAAUCUUAGUACUUUAUAUGUGGCGAAAAGUGUAACCUUCAGAGAGACAAAACAUCAAGAGGCUUUAAUUUGUGAAAAGGGCAAUCAAUGACGUAGAGUGACUAGUGUACCUAAUGGUGAUCUUGCUGCCAUUGAGGAUCGCUAUCAUAGAAAAAACGGGUUAUCUGACUAAAUAUUAUGCACAAAAUAAGGCCAACUCAAACGAUCAAACAAUUUCAUACUCAAAAAAAGCAAUAAAAGUAAAGCACGAAUUUCAGGAUUUGAUAAUGCUUGAUAAAAAUGUAUAUUUUUGGUCCACAUUUAAAAAUUCCUUUCAGUGAAAUUGCCGAAGCUCAUGAUUGCUCA